GAAAUAAGGAAUAGAUUUUGAAAGACUCUUUCUACCUCUCUCAUCUCCUCCUUUAUUAUUAUUUUUUCUAUAUUUUUCUGCUAAUUAUGAGCCUUAAAACUACAGCGCAGUAAAUGCAAUGUGGUAUCCUGGAUUGGAUCCUAGAACAGAAAAAGGACAUCAGUAGAGAAACUGGGGAAAUCCUGAUAAAGUAUUUGACCCUGACCACGCCCUUCUUAACAGAGGUAGGAGGCUACACUGGAGAUAACGUGUUUAUCCCUACGGUAAAGGCGGCACGUGGCUGAUGAGCAGGGAGGCGAGGCCGCCGAGUGAGGCAGAGGGGCAGGCCUGGGAAGCAGAGGACGAUGACAUGGCAGAAGGCGAUUUAGGGUAUGGCCUCAGAAGAAGGCCCGGCGGCAUUUAUGAAGUGCAAGUUUCACAUGUAUUUACAUCUAGAAAAAGAUCAGAUAGAAAGGCCUUUAGCCCUCCCCCGUUUUCAAGAAAUGGGGAAGAAAGAAACAGUGCCGUUUUUCAGUAUUCCAAGCAUAAGAGCUUGCAGGAUACAUACCCGGAAGGACCCCAGAUUCCCUAUCACGGCCGACAAAGUAGCACUGUAGAUUCUAAUUCAGAGUUGUCAAAUGUGGAAUUAAGGCAACGUCUUCAGGAAACUUUAGAGGAGGUAGAAAUUUUGAAAACUGAACUUGAGGCAUCUCAAAGACAUCUUGAAGGUAAAGAGGAAGCAUUGAGAAUUCUUCAAAGCAAUGCAAUAUUUGGCAAAGCCACAAGUCAUACCCAGGCAGUGCUUCAAAAAACUGUGGAACAAAAGAGAUCCUUGGAGAAGGAAAUAAAUGCCUUGCAGUGGGAAAUAGAAUUUGAUCGCAAUAGAUUUAAAAAUAUAGAGGAAUCUUGGAUCCAAAGAUAUGACAGGCUAAAUUGUGAAAAUGCAGUCCUCAAAGAAACUUUGAAACUGAAAACAGAAGAAAUUAAAAUGCUCAAGUCUGAAAAUACAAUUUUGAAUCAACAGUAUUUGGAGGCCCUCGCCAUGCUUGAUAUCAAACAGCAGAAGAUGGCUCAGGAAAACACAUGCCAGGACACAAGUGGCUUUACAGAGGUUUCAGGUCUUGAGCUUGCAGUCCUGGGAGCCUGCCUUUGUCACGGUCCCAGAGGGAGCCCCUGUACCUGUGCCAGACUGGCAGCAUCUACUCGGAAAAUGCUCCUUCAGGUCAAACAGGAGUUGGAACUUCUGCAGAAGAGUAAAGAAGAAGCCUACAUAAUGGCAGAUGCAUUCAGAAUUGCAUUUGAGCAACAAUUAAUGAGGAAAAAUGACCAGGCACUAAGAUUGACACAAAUGGAUAAAAUGUGUAAGAAAGCAACAAAAGGGACAGAUUGGAAGCACCUUAAAGAUGAUGGGUUACCAUCACAAAGGAGUAAGAAGACCUUAGGGCAGAAACUGUUGGGUAUGCUCCCUUUGGAAAACAGUUCUAAGAGUACUGGUGACCAGCAUGAUCCUCAGGAAGUCUUUAAGACGUUAACAGAUUUGUUAAAUGAUAAAGAAGAAGCUUUGGCUCAUCAAAGAAAAGUUAGUUACAUGCUUGCUCGGGCUUUGGAAGACAGAGGCACCACCUCAAAAGAGAAUAAAGAAAAAAAUCCUAUGAAAGACAAUUCUCCAUUAAAAAACCCCUGGCAGAAAACUUCAGAAUUCCCUGUUUUACGUGAUCCUGUACAUUCAAGUGUUCAAAUUUUUAAUUCUGUGGGCUGCAUUUGUUCAAUUCAGCACUUUCAAACAGAUCAAUACUACACAAGAACUCUUAAAAGAUCCUGUUCUUUGCCAUCAAAUAUCAUGUACUGAAGACAAACCAGUUGAAAUUAGAACUGAGAGCUGCUUAUAUCGAGACUGUGAAAACGGACCAUGUAAAUGUUGCUACAUCUUCAGAAGUUGUGUUUUCUGGGUAUUCUAAAUUUGGGGAAGCAGCUUUAUAAAUGUUCUCUACAAGACAUUUAUUAGUAUUCUGUGUUGACAUAUUUAUAAAUUAUAUUACUAUAUUUUUGAAAUUUUCAGUAUUUGCCAACAUCUUAAAAACAAAGAAAUAGUGACUUUGAGAAGAAAAUUAACUAUUUAGAUUGACUUAUAGGGAUCUUUUGGCUCAAGCAACAAGAGUGACUGUUACUUUUUGGAAUACAUUUAUCUGGUUUUGUGUUUUUCUGGAUUUUUCAUUUGCCAUAUAAAGUUUAAAAAUAAUUUCCUUCACUUCAAUAAAAAAGUUACUAUGGUGGGACUUUGGCAGCAGUAUAUUCAAAGUCAUUGCUAGUUACCUAUUUCAUAGCUUCCUUUUUGUCAGAGUGGUGACAUUCUGUAGCCAGAUCUAUGCAGAAUUCUGGCAUUUAGGCCACUCUGAAUUAACUUCUUGGUUUUGAUGCUGAAUUUUAGGCCAUUUAAAAUUAUUUUCUCUUUCUAGAAAUAUUACAUAGUAAUAAUCUUUAAUAUCUUUUGGGAAUAUUACUAUAUUAAUAGCAUCACAAUGAUAUCAAAGGAAGUGCAUUGUCAGCAGUUAUAAAACUUAUCUAAUCUCUAGUGAAAAGAAAAGAUAUUACUACUUAAUUAGAUAGCUAACAGUAGGAUAAUAAGGUAACAAUAUAAACCAUUUAUAGCUGUGUUAUAGGAACAGCACUGGUUGGCAUUAAUAAUAAUAAAAGUUGAAAAAUUGGCAAAUACAUUUUGAAAAAAGGAAUAAUGAGGAUCUACUGUUGCCAGAUAUUAAAAUGUAUUAUCCUAUCAACUAUAUUCCAAUAUAAAACAAAAAUUAAAUUAAAAAAAAUGUAUUGUCCUGAUGGUAAUACAAAGCUACGUUAUUUAAAACAGUGUAACAGCAGGUCAAUGAGAAUCGGAUAAAGACCAUACACAGACCUAGUAUAUAUAAUAAUUUAACAUAAAAGGUAGGGAAAGGAAGGAUCUGGGAUUAUUUAAUAAUACCAAAGUGGGAAGUGUAAAAAAAAAAUGACAUUACAAAAAC